ACCACUGUGCUAGCCGUCGAACGGAAACAAUGUGAAGAUAUUAUUUUAAAAUUUCGAAAUGCUGCUCAGCCUUAUGAGAUUUGCAAGCAUAUUCUUGGUGAGUUUUAUAAUUUACAUUGCAUAACGAUUAUCUUCGGAGAUAGUCGUCACCAGUAUUCCCAAAGGCCUUUCAAACUGGCUAAACCUACCCUCACUUUUGUGAUAGGAACUUCGCGUAACCCGCAAGUGCUUUAUGAGGUCGGCAAAUGUCUUUCAAAUGCUGUAAUCCGAGAGUGGAGCACAGUGCUUUGUCCCGACAACCAGCUUAACUCAGAUUCCAUGGUUGAGUCUAUGCCUUACCAUCUCUUAUGCUUCCUUCUUCGGUGGGUUGCUUCUUCAGGACAUGAGGUACGUGCUAAUACCGCCUUACAAGUAAGUUCCCGUGGUGAUUUUUCGAUUUCCCGUCCGCAGGUGGCUGCGUUCGCACGACGGAGCGUCCUCGGUGCGGUCACGGCGAUCGUGAAACGCGCAGCCGCCGCACAGGCCGAGUCCCACGUCGCCGGCCUGUCGCUGGGGGGGUCGGCACACGCACGCGGCCCGCCCACCCUCACGUGGCCACCCUUCAGUAACCCCGGGCCCCCCAACUGUCUCGUUACCUUCUUUUUAGACGAACUCAGCCACUUACUAGCCCCGGUUUCAGCCUCCUACCAGGCGUUGCGUGAAGUCGAGUGCCGGAGGUUGUGUCGUAACACGUCUGCCUUUGUUCGUCUUGGAAACGAUGACCAAACCGCUGAAAAGUUCGCAAACCUGGACAUGGACCAAGAAUCCUCGCGUCUCUCCUUUGGCCUGGCGAUUCUGUCCGCUUUCCUCGAUGAAAUGAACGAUUCAGAUCAGGAUGCAGCUAGUUUGAACCUCUCCCUUGAAUCUCACGCCUUUGAACUGCUGCAGAUUUUCCAGAUCCUCCUUCGCCUGGUGGAGAGUCUGAUCAGGGUCCACGAUUGGCCAACACCGAAUCUCAACAAUGACGAGACAACCUACCAUCUGGUGCAUUGCUUUGAGGUUAUCACUUCGUGGAAUUUUCUUCCUGAACACAUAGUCGACUUCACCUGUUUGCGUCCUACGAUGCGAAGAACCAGGAACUUUCGCCCAUGUGAUCGAUGGGAGUGUGUUUUUGGCGUUAGGGGAAUCUCUUUGACUCUGUCGCUUCUCCUCAAGCAAUACGAUUUUUUCUCUGAGCUUCGCCCAUUGCUUUUGCUUCCGUUUCAGUUGCACUCACACCUCCGAUCAGUGCCGACUUUCAGCUGCCGCAUCUUAACCUCGGUGGUGGCCCUCACCUCGCUCACCGGUCCCCUGGUUUCGGGCCACACCAACAGCCCGCUUGCCGAGCACGUCUCGAUCUGCAUGAGUGGUCUGGCUCGCUCGCUCACCCCCCUUGCAGCCGACCCACUCUCUGGCGUCACGGCGCUUCUGGUUUCGCAAACCGAACCACGCGCAGACGACCUCAACCUCUACGCCGAGGGUGUAGUGCCGUAUUCGCGGUUAGCCGAAGUCGAAGCAGCCUUUCCGGUGUUUCCCUCGACUGGCUUCCACUCCUACGAGCUGCCUCUUUUGGCCGAGAUGGGUGUGAAUCUACUCCGGCGUCUGGUGGACGUUUGCACUGUGCUGGAGGGUUUCGCAGUGGGCAUGGGAUGGCCGACAACCGGCGGCGAGGAUGUCCUUUCCCGCCUCUUUUUCUACCUCAGUGCAAUGGAUGCCUUUUUGGGGCUUGUCAAAAACAUCCUUUUAAAGGACCCGUGCCAGUUACGCCUGAUUUCCUCGAUCUUCUUCCAGUGCCUUCUACUCGAGGCUGGCGUAGGUGGCACAGAUGGCGACGUGGACGUCGAGGAUCAAGUGACAGCAGCUCACGAGGCCAGUGAACGCCUCUUCGCCUACCUCUCUGACAUCAGUAACGUGGUUCCUCGAUUCGCGUCCUCCGACUCCGCCAUAUCUUUCACCACGGGGCCAACUGCUGUUCGGGGUAAGUACAUCUGGUUUCGUUAUCAGAUGAUGGAAGUACUCAAGCGUGCCUGUGUAAAGGUGCGCGCAAACUUUCAGAGGCAUCAGCGCGAGUUAAUUAAGGCUUACUUCUCCUCGCAUUUGGCCGCGCCCAUUGGCUUUCGCAAGGACUCGACUAACGGCGGCAGUGGAGGCGCGACGAAUGAGGAAUUCGACCUUGACAUCGAUGAUGACGAUCAAAUGGCUUAUGAGGAUAGCCUCUUCACAAUCGGCCAGUUUAGCAGUUCGGCCGAGGGGAACGCCAUGGCCUCAGUUGUGGAGUUGUUGGUUGGUCUGUUGGAGGAGAGGGUGGUGCUCUUGGCAAACUCACCCGCCCCCGACAACUGCAACGUCACGCUGCUGGAGGACGUGCACUGGCUCCUGCUGUUCGUCGGCCACGUCCUCGUUACGGGCCCCUCCAAAUUGGGCGCGUCUAAGGGUGCGCAGCCGGCCUGGGAUUCGGACUUUUCGGUACUCCCUGUUUGUUCGCUCUUAAAACCUAAUUCUGAAUGCUCAGAUACCCAGUGCCGUGUGGUCGACGGGGCCCGAGACCUUCACGUCGGAGGAAUUCGAGCGGUGCCAUCAGUACUUAGUGAAGGCAACCGAAAAUACGCCGUUCACGGGACCUCAGUCGGUGCCAUCGUUGUUGCGGUAAGCACUCCCCAGCACUUUUGGCCAUCUGUGUUAGCGCAGCCAACACUUUUUGGGGUGCUCUUCAGGCUGUUGUCCCUGCAGGUGUCGAGCAGGAUCGGUUCCGCUCAAUUGACUGAGGAUUCCCUGUGGGUGUUCGUACGCCUCACACUCACCUACUUCUCUUCCAACAAUCCGAAUGGACAUCUGGAGGACUGUGAGGUAGAAUCUACGAAUGAACAGCUGUCCCUCUUGCGAGCACUUCUUCGUCCCCCUACGAGUAAUCACUACUCGGCGCCCGGAUUUUCCUGUGCGGAGAACGUCACCUCGGCGCUCAUUUUAGCCGCCCGACUAGCCAUGUCUACGUGGCUGGGCGAGCCCAAGAUCACCGCCAUGGCUUCCUGCCUGUUGGCUGUAAUCGCGAGGCACUCUCUUGUCUCGGCGUCUCUGAGCAAGGAAAACGCGAAUCCGACGAGGUCUUGGAUAGAGUUGUGCGGUCUGGUGUGCGGCCCCAAUGCCACUGUGGACACCUGGCCCUCCCUGCUACCAGAGACGCUGACGGAGCUUGUUGACACCUGCGCGCGUGGUUGUUGGUGUCUGCGUGCGUCCACCUGCAGUGACGUCGGUGUCCACAAUGGAAAUAAUGUGGUUAACCUCUUCUACCAGUUUGUAGAAGAAUUGCGGAGUCGCCUGAGUUGCCUGUUUGCCAGUGAGACACCGGGCGAGGGUGACGUCGACCCGUCGCUCAGCCUGGCACCUUGCCUUGCCGCCGUGGCGGGGCUGGCUCGGGCCUCGCGGUGGAUCGUCACCAACGGGAGUCACUCACUGUCGUCGGCCCCUCCCGUCGAGGGCGAUCUCAUGGACUUCCUCUGGACCGGCACCUUCCUGCCCAUCCUCCAAAACUGCUCUACUCGACUUCUUCAGCGUUACCACGUGUAUCACGAUUUCGUCGUGACCCUGGUGGCGUUAUUCUCCGAGGUGGCCGACAACUGCCUCCUCUACCUCGCCAACUGCCCUGCCACUGUGACCCAGGAGGACGCGGCCACGGCUCGGCACUUCACGAACGGGGCUACUGUCUUCUCUGCCUCUAAAGAAAAGAUUGCGGCUAAAUUCACUUCAAAAACAGCUGACGAGGAACGAGUGACUGAAUUGCAGCAUCUCUUCUCCCUCUUCCAAUUCUUCCUCGGUCACGAGUUUGAACUGCGUCUUUGCGGGACCUCUUGUGAUCGAGGAGGUCAAGCAGCUGAUGAGGCCUCCGCGUCGGCGUUGACAACUGUGGACGUCACCCUCGUGUGCCUCGGCUUCGUCAUGCCCCUUGUGUCGCACUCCUUGCUGGCCGUAAGUAGUGCAUGCGUUCCCGAUGUGGCGUCGUCGUUUUACCACCUUCUGUCGUACGGCCUGGAAUUGCGUCCCGAGGGCUUGCUUCAUUUGGCCUCUGACCCGCAGAAGCAGAGUGUCGUGUUGUCCGAUUUAGGUCGCAUGCUUCGCCACGGUGUUUUCAACCUCGCCGACACCACGGUCAACAUCAGCUCCCUCGAGGCUUUCACCUACCUCGCGGAGUUCUGUGCACGAGGGGGGGCGUUAGCCUCCAUGCUUGUGGCUCAGCUGCCCUUGGGAAAGGAUCUCUUGCGUGAGCUUCUUGGUUUGGUGACUCAGCCCGUCUUCUCUCGGCAGCUGGAAGACCCGCUGGCCUCCUGCCUGUUUGCUCUCGUUCAGCUCCACCCAACCGCCUUGGAGGAGGUUGCCACGGAGUGCGUAGCGCGUUGCCCGAACCCUGCCUCCCAGCAUCGUCUUCGACAGGCCUUUAUUGAUUUGUCGAAGCCGUUUUCGGCCGCCACGUCUGCUGCCUCGAACCCGCGCAAUUCCGAUCGCAUCAAACGCACAGAGUUUCAACAACAAUUCCGCGCUUUUGUGCCCACCGUUCGUGCUUUCCUUUGCAGCUUCUAG